UUCCUUUAGAGAGAGGGAGAGCGAGGGAGGGAGCGGGAGAGCGAGCGAGGGAGGGAGCUCACGCCAAAAUGGCCGACGGAGUCUCUGCUGGCUUCUGAACAUUUGAAAUCGAAAAAAAACAAACGCGAAAUCGUUUCGGGAUCUUUUUUUUUUUUUUUUUUCAUUUCCAUUUCUACCUUGUAUGCCUCAACUCGCUGGAUUUAAGCACUGCUGCACUUUAUGAGAGAGAAGGAGCAAGAAAGGGAAGAACAGUUAAUGGAAGACAAGAAAAGGAAGAAAGAGGAUAAGAAAAAGAAGGAAUCUGCUCAGAAGGUCACAGAUCAAAAAACCAAAGUGCCCGAAGUGACGAAACCAAGUUUAAGCCAACCAGUGGCUGCCAGCCCAAUUGGCAACUCUCCAUCGCCACCAGUCAAUGGUGGCAACAAUGCCAAAAGGGUGGCAGUGCCGAACGGACAACCGCCAAGCGCCGCCCGCUACAUGCCUCGGGAGGUGCCGCCGCGAUUCCGUUGCCAGCAGGACCACAAAGUGUUACUGAAACGUGGGCAGCCCCCUCCACCAUCCUGUAUGCUCCUUGGGGGUGGAGCAGGGCCUCCUCCCCCAACAGCACCAGGAGCAAACCCAAACAACGCACAACCAGUGACAGGAGCACUGCUGCAGAGCGACAGUGGGACUGCAACAGAUUCAACAAUUGGAGGUGCUGCUGCUUCAAAUUAUGCAAAUUCCACUUGGGGUCCUGGAGCCUCCUCCAACAGCGGCACCAACGCCAACCCAACUCACAUCUGGGACAAGGUGAUUGUAGACGGGUCUGACAUGGAAGAGUGGCCUUGUAUUGCCAGCAAAGAUGCUGAGUCUUCUUCCGAAAACACCACCGAUAACAACAGUGCCUCGAACCCUGGUUUGGAGAAGAACACUCUGCCAGGAAGCACCACUAGUAACAAAGGAAAAGGAAGCCAGUGCCAGUCUGGAAGCGCUGGAAAUGAAUGUAAUCUUGGGGCCUGGAAAUCUGAUCCCAAGGCUAAAUCUGUUCAAUCUUCCAACCCUGCUGCCGAGAGUAACAAUGGACUAAGUAAUUGGAGGAACUUGACUGGACAAGAUAGAAUUGGUUCUGGUUCUGGCUUCAGCAACUUUAACCCAAAUAGCAACCCAUCUGCUUGGCCAGCACUGGUCCAAGAGGGCAAUUCUAGGAAAGGGACUUUGGAAUCUGAUAGUGGUAGCUCCAAUGCACAGAUUAGCACAGUAGGUCAGACCUCUAGGGAACAGCAGUCAAAGAUGGAAAAUGCGGGUGUUAACUUUGUCUCUGGCAGAGAACAGGCUCAAAUUCAUAACACUGAUGGACCAAAAAACGGAAACACUAACUCCUUGAACUUAAGUUCACCAAACCCUAUGGAGAAUAAGGGAAUGCCCUUUGAAAUGGGCUUGGGGAACCCUUCCAGGAGCACUGACACCCCUUCACAAAGCACUGGAGAAAGAAAGACUGGGAGUGUUGGAUCUUGGGGUACAGCUAGGGGGUCUUCUGGAACUGACACAGUCUCUGGACAGAGCAAUUCUGGAAACCAUGGGAACAAUGGAAAGGAUAGGGAGGACUCCUGGAAAGGAGCGUCUGUUCAAAAACCUAAUGGGUCAAGAAGCGAUUCUUGGGAUAACAGUAACCGGUCUACGGGUGGUGGGUCUUGGAACUUUGGCCCUCAGCAUGCAAAUGAAAGCAAAUGGGGUGAAGGGAACAAAUUAACAUCUGGGGUCUCUCAGGGAGAAUGGAAACAGCUGUCUGGGUCUGAUGAACUGAAGAUUGGAGAAUGGAGUGGUCCAAACCAACCAAAUUCUAGCACUGGAGCAUGGGACAAUCAAAAAGGCCACCCUCUUCCUGAAAACCAAGGCAAUUCCCAGGCUCCCUGUUGGGGAAGAUCUUCCAGCUCUGCAGGAAGUGAGGUUGGAGGUCAAAGCACUGGAAGCAACCACAAAGCAGGAAGUAGUGACAGUCACAAUUCUGGACGCCGAUCAUAUAGGCCUACACAUCCUGAUUGCCAGGCAGUCUUGCAGACUUUACUGAGCAGGACUGAUUUGGACCCCCGAGUGCUUUCAAACACUGGCUGGGGCCAAACUCAAAUUAAGCAAGAUACCGUAUGGGAUAUUGAAGAGAUGCCACGGCCCGAGGGGAAGUCUGAUAAAGGAACUGAGGGGUGGGAGAGCUCUGCCACACAGACAAAGAACUCAGGGGGCUGGGGCGAUGUACCCAGCCAAAGCAAUCAAAUCAAGUCUGGAUGGGGUGAGCUCUCAACCCCAACGGAGUGGAAGGACCCCAAAAAUACUGGAGGAUGGAAUGACUAUAAGAACCCCAAUUCGUCUAAUUGGGGAGGGGGAAGACAAGAAGAGAAAUCAUCAUCUUCUUGGAAUGACAGCUCUAGUAAGGAUCAGGGGUGGGGUGGACGGCAGCCUAAUCAAGGAUGGUCUUCUGGAAAGAACGGUUGGGGAGAGGAAGUUGACCAAACAAAAAACAGCAACUGGGAAAGUGCGGGAAAUAAGCCAGCAUCUGGUUGGGGUGAAGGUGGGCAAAAUGAGAUUGGAACUUGGGGUAACGGUGCAAAUACAGGCUCUGCUUCAAAGGGUGGUUGGGAUGAUUGUAAAAGAAAUUCAACGUGGAACGAGACGGGUCGACAGCCCAACUCCUGGAACAAGCAGCAGCAGCAACAGCAGCAGCAACAGCAGCAGGAGACUUCUGGUUCCUGGGGUCCACCGCCACAAACUCCAAGUAAUGGGCGACCUCCAAACCCAAACUGGAACAGUGGACCACAGCCAGCUGCCCCCAAAGACGAGGAGCCUAGUGGCUGGGAAGAACCUUCUCCACAGUCAAUCAGUCGAAAAAUGGAUAUUGAUGAUGGCACUUCAGCUUGGGGAGAUCCUAGCAGUUAUAACUACAAGAAUGUGAACCUGUGGGACAAGAACUCACAAGGAGGACAGGCCCCACGGGAACAGAGCCUGCCUACUCCAAUGACUAGCAAAUCACAAGCAUCAGUCUGGAGCAAAAGCACUCCACCUGCUCCAGAUAAUGGUACGUCCGCCUGGGGUGAGCCAAAUGAAACCAGUCCCGGGUGGGGUGAAGUAGAUGAUACAGGAGCAUCGACAACAGGCUGGGGGAAUGCACCUUCCAACGCCCCGAAUGCCAUGAAAUCUAGUUCUAAAUCUAUGCAAGAUGGCUGGGGAGAGAGUGAUGGGCCAGUGACAGGCACACGUCAUUCCAGCUGGGAAGAGGAGGAGGAGGGAGGAGUCUGGAACACAGCAGGCUCUCAGGGAAGCAGUUCCUCCCACAACUCAACAAGCUGGGGGCAAGGAGGAAAGAAAACACAAAUGAAGUGCUCAUUAAAAGGAGGAAAUAGUGAUUCAUGGAUGAACCCUAUAUCCAAACAGUUUUCAAAUAUGGGCUUGCUAAGUCAAACUGAGGACAUUCCAGGCAAUAAGAUGGACUUGUCUGUAGGUGGUCUCCCAGAUAAGAAGUUUGAGGUAGAUAAACGAGCCAUGAAUCUCGGGGAUUUUAAUGACAUAAUGAGAAAGGAUCGAUCUGGGUUCCGUCCACCUAAUUCCAAAGACAUGGGAACCACAGACAGUGGGCCUUAUUUUGAGAAGGGUGGCAAUCAUGGUUUGUUUGGAAACAGCACAGCACAAUCGAGGGGCAUGCACACACCAGUGCAGCCACUAAAUCCUUCCCCCAAUAUCCGGGCGCAAGUGCCUCCCCAAUUUCUUUCUCCCCAGGUUUCGGCCUCCAUGCUCAAACAGUUCCCCAACAGUGGCUUGAAUCCAGGUCUUUUCAAUGUGGGGCCCCAGCUUUCUCCUCAACAGAUUGCCAUGCUGAGCCAGCUUCCGCAGAUUCCCCAGUUUCAAUUAGCGUGUCAGCUCCUCCUUCAGCAGCAGCAGCAGCAGCAGCAGCAGCUGUUACAGAGCCAGAGGAAGUUAUCUCAAGCUGUGCGACAACAGCAGGAGCAACAGAUUGCUCGUAUGGUGAGUGCCGCCCUGCAGCAGCAGCAGAGGCAGCCUGGCAUGAAGCAUUCACCAUCCCACCCUGUUGGGCCUAAGCCACAUAUAGACAGCAUGGUACCCAAUCCUUUGAAUGUGGGUCUUUCAGACUUACAGACCAAAGGACAAAUACCUGGAUACGGUUCAGGCUUUGGCUCAAGUGGCAUGGAUUAUGGCAUGGUGGGAGGGAAAGAAGCUGGAACAGAAUCCCGCUUUAAACAGUGGACUAUGAUGGAAGGGCUGCCCUCUGUGGCUUCACAAGAUGCCAAUAUGCACAAAAAUGGUGCAAUAGUGCCCCCUGGAAAGGCUCGCGGAGGAUCGCCCUACAACCAGUUUGACAUAAUUCAGGGCGACCCACUAGGUGGCCAUGCAGGCCCUGCUGGUGAUAGUUGGUUACCUGCCAAAUCUCCGCCGACAAACAAGAUCGGAAGCAAAUCCAGCAACGCCAGCUGGCCUCCAGAGUUCCAACCAGGAGUGCCAUGGAAAGGUAUACAAAACAUUGACCCUGAAUCUGACCCCUACGUGACCCCUGGAAGUGUGCUGGGGGGGACAGCCACAUCUCCCAUUGUAGAUACUGACCACCAACUUCUGCGGGACAACACCACAGGGUCUAAUUCUUCCCUCAACACCUCGCUGCCUUCACCUGGUGCCUGGCCCUACAGUGCCUCUGACAAUUCCUUCACCAACGUUCAUAGCACUUCAGCAAAAUUCAGUGAUUACAAAUCAACAUGGUCCCCAGAUCCCAUAGGACACAAUCCCACUCAUCUCUCCAACAAGAUGUGGAAAAACCAUAUUUCCUCAAGGAACACUACAGGGCUGCCUCGCCCGCCUCCUGGCCUGACCAACCCCAAACCAUCAUCUCCAUGGAACAGCACAGCACCCCGAUCGGUCAGGGGCUGGGGGGCACAGGACUCAAGGCUUGCCUCUGGUGAGAAGAAUCAUCUGAUAACGCCAUUGAUCAGACCUGAGGAGUGUGCCUUUUACAGCACUAAUGGUUUGGAGGAAAGAAAGUUGCAGCUGCCUGCAUCUACUUGGAGUGAUGGUAGCUCAGUUCGUCCUAGUUACUGGCUGGUUCUUCACAAUCUCACUCCACAGAUUGAUGGGUCAACCUUGAGGACGAUCUGCAUGCAGCAUGGCCCACUGCUGACAUUCCAUCUGAACCUGACCCAGGGCACCGCUCUCAUCCGAUACAACACCAAACAGGAGGCGGCCAAGGCCCAGACUGCACUGCACAUGUGUGUGUUGGGAAACACUACCAUCCUGGCUGAGUUCGCCACAGAUGAAGAGGUUAGUCGCUUUUUGGCACAAGCUCAGCCCCCUACACCUGCAGCAACCCCAAGUGCACCCACGGCAGGCUGGCAAUCCCUGGAGACGGGACAGAACCAGACAGAUCCAGUUGGACCUGCUUUGAAUCUCUUUGGUGGGUCAACAGGGCUUGGGCAGUGGAGCAGUGGUGGCGGCGGCAGCAGUGGGGGUGAUCUCACUGGCGCUUCGUUGUGGGGGCCCCCAAACUAUUCUUCAAGCUUGUGGGGGGUCCCAAGCGUAGAGGAUCCACACAGAAUGGGCAGCCCUGCUCCCUUACUACCUGGAGACCUUCUGGGAGGAGGGUCGGAUUCAAUCUGAACUUAGAACUUUCAACUCUGACCUCGUGACCUUUUUUGGAACAGCAGCAGCACUAACUUGACCUUUUCGUUUUUUUCAACUUGCAAUAAAUACAUUUAUAAAAGGAAAAAAGAAAACGGAGAGAGAAAAAAAAGGUGGGUCAUUGACAGACUGUCUGAGCACAUAGUUGCCUCCCUUAUAUAACUUCAGUUUUUUCGUUUGGAAUAUGAAUCCAAAAAGAGAACAUAUCACUCUUGAAAUACUUGAAUCAUGAACGCCAACUUAGAAAGACAAUGUGAAGCAAGUACACAUACCAUUUAAAUUUAAACACAAAAAAUUAAAAAAAUUAGUUUCUAGUUUUUCACUUUUUCAUGUUAUACGGAAGUUGUUGCUAAGAAACAUAUAUACUGAAAAAAUAGCUUUUUAACUUUGUUUGCA